GAAAUACGUUCUCUCUUCUGUGUGUUUCUCUCAACCGUUCCGUCUAUCUGUGUUAGUGAAAGAGAAGAAAUGGCUGGAUCGACAUCGAAAUCAAUCCCCCCUAAAGGAGGAAAGAGGGUCGAAGUCGAUACAAACGUGAUGAAGCGUGCGAAGGAUGGAAGCGCUUUCACCAGAUGUGAGGAGUGUAACAAAGAUGUUCCAGUGGUGCUCAUUGACAUGCAUAAUUGUAGCAUUGAGUCUAGAAUCAAGAUGAAGCUAGAGGCUGUAGAGAGGGCUACAGAAGUGAAGAAACCAGCAGAAAAGAAGAGGAAACCUGCAUCAUCAGAACCAAAAGCAAAGAAGAGCAAAUCUGGGAAGAAAGUGAAGGAUCCUAAUGCACCCAAGCGCCCUCCAACUGCCUUCUUCCUCUUUAUGGAUGACUUUAGAAAAUCGUACAAGGAAGAGAACCCAGAUGGAAAGGAUGUCAAAGUGGUUGCAAAAGAAGGUGGGGCUAAAUGGAAAUCCUUGACAGAUGAGGAGAAGCAGACUUAUAUUGAUAGAGUACAAGAGCUCAAGGAAGAGUAUGAAAAGGCUCUGGAAACCUACAAGGAGCAAGGUAAGCAAGAGGAGGAAGAGGAGCAAGAUGAACAAGGGGAUGCAGGUUCAGAGAAAGAAGAGUAGAAGAUAUGGAACAUAAUUUUGGGCCCUAUAUGAAUAGGCUUUGUUAUCCUUGUAAAUGUUUAGGUUAGGUUUGGAGUAGUCACUAGUAAGCUUUGUUUUCCUUAUAGUAUAGCAGUCUCUCUCUACUCCAAGGGGGUUAAAAUUUGACUUUUAACAGUUUA